AAAAUGACAAGUGUCACUCUCGCAAAAUUUUGAUGAACUUAUUUCCUAUUGAAUGUUAUUGCUAUAAAAAUUCUACGAACGAUUUUAUUUACAACUUUAUUUAUCUCGGACACAAUCAUGGAAGGAGCUGAAGACCUCACUGAAGAGAUACUCUCUGAUGACUCCUGGUGGGAGGAGUGGCGCGCCCACAUCGAGGAGUAUGGGGGGGACACCGGGAACGCCAUCGUCAGUCUAUUGCUGCCGAUUUAUAUUCGAUUCACAAUGUUUAAUGUUGCAAUGUUUGUCGUAAAAUACAUUCCUACAACCAUCUACAUGUACCGAUUCAUGAAAGACACAUACAAGAAAACGCGAAGUAGAAUGCACCAGAAACAAUUGGAGCUAGAAGAGAUCAAAAUUCAGAUCGAAAUAAUAAACUCAAAGAUGUGCGUGCACGCCGCUCGGCACUCGGAGCGGUCGUGCGAGCUCCGUCGCGCCAUGGAGCGGUUACGGUCCGUGCGGGCCCGCGUGCGACACGUGAUGGCCACGGAGGAGCACGCACGCGGGGUGGCCGAGUGGGAGGACACGGCCGCGGCCGGCGAGAUGCCCGACGCGAGGAGUUAUGAGGAAGUAGAAGAGUUUAUAAAAUGCUUGCUAAAGGACUUUCGAUGCGAAGACUUGAACGGAAUAUACGAGCGGGACGGAAGACCUGACGGCUUCCUGGACCAGUGUAAUUGUAAAAAGGAAAACAGUGCAGGAGAUCCGGAGACCAGCGUGUAUUCCACGAUUAGUGAUGAAGAUACAUCGAAGAAAGACUGCCACGUCAAGAUCAUCAAAGUGACCAACGUGUAUAAGGUGGCGUAUCUGAAGAACUACAUCAAACAGAAGCGGUUGCGGCGCGCCAAUAAACACGCUUUGUUGGAAAAGAAGAUGGAGUCGAUCAAAAAGCUCCUAGAAGACUGGCAGACGACCCUCAACAACGUUUUAAACACAAAGCUGAGAAUAACCCUCGACCCGAGCCAGCUCGACCAUGUUUCUCAAGAAGCCAUGUGCAUGGAAGCCAUGGGGGACUAUUCAAAGACCAACUGCUCAGAAACUGACAGCGACAUCAAGAUCAACGAGGCGUAUGAAGAUACGAAUUUGAACUGGGACCAAUCGCGAUACCCGUAUCCGUAUGAGGAUAUGAGAGAUUGUGCUCGCAAUGAGCCGGUAUAUGAUACGAGUAUGUAUAACUCGAGUAUAGCCGACUGUCUGAGGUCCCACGUGCCCGCGAAUGUGCUAUUUGUUUUGCCGGAGGAGACUAGUAGUCAACUCGCUAUUGAAGAGGUGAAGAGCGACUGUGGCGACGGGUGAAGCAGAAUGACGAAGCGAUUUGUUAUCGUGAAUUUUUUUUUGAAUUUUUAUUACUAUUGUUAAUCUUUGGAUAAAUAAAUUGAUAUUGUUUUCA